AUGCAGGAGCCGCAAGUCAGAGACAGGACUGGCGCGGAGCAGCCGCUGGCGGCAGCGGCGUGGGCCCCGGGAGGAGUCGGACGAGGGCCUCCUCGGGGCCACCGCGUGGCCAUCGUGUGGCCGCGUGGCCUCGGGGCCACCGCGUGGCCUCGGGGUCACCGCGUGGCCUCGGGGGCCACCGCGUGGCCUCGGGGCCACCGCGUGGCCAUCGUGUGGCCGCGUGGCCCCGAGGCCACCGCGUGGCCUUGGGGCCUCCUCGGGGCCACCGCGUGGCCGCUGUCGCCGUGCGCGGGUGCAGAGGAGAAAGCUCGGCCGCGCCGCGCGCGCUCCUCCAAGCGGCGCGUGAACCACCGCAGGUUCCUGCACAACCAGAUCUGCAGGAAGUACGCGCAGAUGGAGGCAGCCAAGGCAGCCGGGGGUCGUGACCUUGACCGGCAGCGUGACCUCGAGGACGUCGCCUCGCUGACCCUCGAGACCGGGCGGCACGAGCAGGCGGAGAGCCCCCCCGGCUUCUACGGCGUGGCCCGAGCCUUUGCCCCCCACGCCGCCGCCGCCGCCGCCAACUCGGACAGCGGCUGGGACGCUCUGCCACCGGGAGGGGAGAGAGGCAGAAAGCUCUGGAUUGUGUUCACAAUUGACGCAGUCAGCUGUCAGCGCUGGCUCGAGGUGGCGUGCUCCUACACACAGUCAACUCCACGGCGGCCGCCGGGUCAGUCACGUGACCUCCUCCCGAGCCUCCGACGCUUCACGCGGCCGGCCUCAAAGCGCACCUCCCCUGGCACAGGCGCCACGGUGACGUCACCGCCACUCAUUGACGCCGGCCCUGCUGCGUGGACACCGCGCCACGCGCUGCACCUGUGCACGGAUCAAGGCCAUCGCACGGAUCAAGGCCAUCGCAAGCGAGGGUCUUCACCGUGCUGUUGGAGCUGCAACCAAAGCAAGAUGCGUACGCGCACCGAGCUGACACCCGCGACCUCCAAGGAGCCCUCUUACAGUCUCUUCACCACCACCUCCUUGCCACGCAAUCGACGGCCACCCUCGCCGCCGCCCUCAGCACCGUCACCCCGCCGCCUCGCCACCGCUACCGGCCCACGGACCGUUGGGUCGCCAUCCGCGUGGCCAGCGGACGACGGCGCAUCACGACUCUGCACCGUGAUCGUUAAUUCGCACCGAGUGCAAUUUUACGCAAAUGGUCGCGGCGGCGGCAACGGAGCCGCCAAGCCGGGCCGCGGGCCGACGCUCCGCGGCGGAGGCCACUGCCGCUCCGACGCGACCGCCGUGAACUCGGAGGAGGCGCAGAACGGGGCGGGGCCCGUCCGUGCCGCCACCGCCGCCGCCGCCGCCGCGGGGCCCAAGCGGCGCACCAGCUGCUGCGUGGGGGCCGGCUGCCCGCUGGGGAACGCCGGAGAGCACGGAUACGGGGGCGGCGGAGGUGGCGGGGUUCAAGAGCGCCGCGUGGAGGAGCUGUUCCGGCGCUACCGCGACGAGCGCGACGAUGCGGUGCUGGAGGAGGGCGUGCAGAGGCUGUGCCACGACCUGGGCUCCGAGCCGGCCGACUUCACCGCCCUGGCGCUCGCGUGGAAGUUCAACGCCUGCACCGACUGCCAGUUUACGAGAGCCGAGUUUUUUUCUGGCUGCCGCUCCAUGCGCGCCGACAGCCUCCGCUCGCUGCGCUCCCGGCUGCCCGACCUCUUCUCCGACCUCCGGCACGAGGACUCCUUCCGCGACUUCUACCGCUACGCCUUCCACCUGGGUCUCGCGGCCGCCGACGCCGACGCGGCCGCCGCCGCCGACGCCGCGGCGGCCGCAUCGACGGCGGCCGCGUCCUCGGCGGACCCCGGCCGGCGGCGGCGCUGCGUGCCGCUGGGGGCGGCGGCGGAGCUGUGGCGGCGCGUCUACGCUCGCGACGGCCCCCCGCUGCUCGGCCUGUGGCUGCUCUUCCUGGGCGAGAACCCGGGGGGCGUGCGCGGAGUGUCGCGCGACACCUGGCUCAUGUUCCCCAGCUUCGCGCAGGCCGCGGGGCCCGACCUGGCCGGCUACGCCGAGGACGAGGCCUGGCCCAGCCUCUUCGACGCGUUCGCCGAGUGGGCGCGGGGACGCGACGGGCGGGACCGGCCACGCGGCGCCGAGGGGGGCGACGGAGGAGACGACGGGGCGGGGGAGGGGAGGGACGCGGAGGAGGAGGAGGGCGGCGCCACGAGGGAGAAGAGGGGUGGCCGCUCUUGCCGUCCGCGGGGCGGGGAGGAGGCGAGGGGGGGGGCGACGCCGUGGGCCUGCGUGGAGAGACGCAGCGCCGCCGGGGAAGCGGCCGCCCAGGACGGAUGA